ACUCGCCAUUCUCGUCAUCAGAAAAAAAUAAAAAAAUGGGUUGCUUGGGAGAAGAAGAUCUUGAUCAGAUGGUCAGAGACUACUUUGAACCUCCCGACUCACCUUCUUCCUUCUCUUUCCCUUCUUCAGAACCUUUUCAUCAAUCCAAAUAUCUCACUUUACAGGGUGUCCUUGGAAAAAUCUCGGAUGUUGAAGCUGAGAUUCAUCAGAAAGUUUCCAGGUACGUUAAGAACUUGGGGUGUUUUGUAGAAGUAAAAAAUCAAAGAAAAUGGGCGGCCAUGAGCUUGAAAGCUGAUGGUUUUGAAGCUUCUCUUUGCAAGACAACUUGGGAUUCUUCUUGUAGUUUUUCCAAAGUUUUCCAAUUUACAGAUAGUUAUGAGUAUAUUGAAGUUAUGGUGAAUAAGAGCAAUAUAAAUGGCGGCAUACCAACAAGGCUGAUAGUGGACAUAGAUUUCAGGUCUCAGUUUGAAGUGGCGAGGCCUACAAAAACUUACAACGAUCUCAUCAGCAUUCUUCCUGCCAUCUUUGUGGGCACCGAGGAGAAGCUGAAGGAGAUAAUAUCAUUAAUAUGCAGAGCUGGGAAGGAAUCACUCAAGGAAAAGGGUCUCGACAUUGGUCCAUGGAGAAGUGCCAGUUACAUGAGGGCAAAAUGGCUCUCAACAAACUGCAAGAAAAUCCCAUUUUCAUCAAAUCAGAGUGAAGAAAAAGGCAAUAAUUCCAGUAAUACGUGUUGUCCUUUGAUGUCAUACUUAGCAUUGGGGAAUUAAUCAUCAUCACCAAGCUUAAUUAAUUGAUGAUGAUGAUGAUCAAGGCAAUGCAUAGAGAUAAAAUAUAUAUAAAAGAUUUCUGUGAUGGUUUUGGCCUUUUUUUGUGAAAUGGGUAGUGUAUAUUUUGUCCUUAACGACCCAAACUAUUUUUGUUCUGGGUCAGUUUUGUUUUUUAGAGGAAGACCUUCAAGUUUCGAAUCUUUAAUGUGAUUUCCCAUCUUUUAUAUUAUCAUAUAAUAGAACAAAUUUUGUAUGU